GUCUGUGGUAGCGUCGUUUGGUUUUUGUCUCCCAACAUGGCUGCAUUCAACGGAGUGCAGCUUCUGGUGCUGCAAUCGCUGGUGUUCUGGUGCGCCGUCAACGCCGGCGGCCUCCACCCGGCCACGGAAGGCUUCUCGCACAGUAUCGCCCACCCGGACGGCUCGACGCACCACUCCACCUUCAUCAAGCACAACACGAACGUGGUUCCACGUGACCACGACUCCGGUGUCUACGACCCGCAAUCGGGACACGUCGUGUCCGUCCACUCGACCGGCCCCCAUGGUUACAGCACCGGCGCUAGCCACGUGGUCGCCUCCCGGCCGCUAGGAGCUUACGGCACCGCUGCCUACGGAACUGCUGCCUACGGAGGCUACGGAGCCUACGGAGGAUACGGAGCCUACGGAGGUUACGGAGCCUACGCCGCCGCGCCUUCCUACUCUGUGGCCGCUGCUCCAGCCGUGUCCGUGGCAGCAGCUCCGGCAGUUACUGUGGCUCACGCCCCCGCUGUCUCCGUCGCCGCCCCAGCUGCCACGACCGUCGUGAGCCAUGGAGCCGCCGUGUAUCCAGGACACACAGUCACCGGCUACGGCUACGGAGGUAGCCUCGGCCUUGGCUACGGUGCUGGUUAUGGCCUCGGCUACGGUGCCGGUUAUGGCCUCGGCUAUGGUGCCGGUUAUGGCCUCGGCUACGGUGUUGGUGGCGUCGGAACCGUCGGAACAGUUGGAACCGUUGGAACCGUUGGAACCGUCGGAACAGGCGUCGCCACCUACGGAACUGGGCUCGCAACUUACGGUGCUGGCUACGGCACUGGCUACGGCGCUGGCUAUGGCGCUGGCUACGGCUACACCCUCGGCGGACUCGGAGGCUACGGCUACGGCCUGCCCACGUCCCGCACGGUGGUCCAGAGGGGCCCGUACAUCAACAACCGCGUCCUGCCCACGGCUUUCGGUGACGUCCACGCCCCGCACCAUGAGUUCCACCACCACGAGCACCACACCGUGCAUCCGACUGGAGGCACCGCGUUUCGCCGUCGGAGCCUUCAAGAAAUAGGCCCACAAGUUCCUUGAUGCCGGCGGUGUCAUCCUAGGUGGCUUCGAGAAAUAGGAGGCCCCUAGGCCCGUCGUGUGUUUAAGCGCGGAGAACGGGUGGCCCUGACACGAACAAAUAGCCGACAAGACGAGCAUCGUCAAACCAUCCUGCUUCCGACGUGGCGCCGGUAGCAAGUAGUCACUGUAGCAAGGGCAACGAAGAUCUCUACUUUCGAACGGAAAAUUGGCGGCCGCACGGUUCCCGAGAGCCGAUACAUUGAGAAAUACACUGAGGGAAGCCCAUGGAGCGAUGUCAGUUGAACGCUGUGUGUAAAAAAAAAACGCUGUUGCCUGCUUGUUGUUAUCUAUUUAUGAAUAAACAAAGUAUUUAGAGUAAAAACAGGUUUUAAAACCGAGUGUGGUGUCUUUCCA